UCCCCACACUCGCUUUUGGACGGGAAGAAAAAAAAACAAUCACCUAAUCGAGCCCGUUACGAUAUUUUUUUAAAUGUUUAUCUAAAUAUAUUUAGUUUUAUGUUUUCGUAACAGCGAAUGGCGUCAACUCUGUUGUCACCGAUGGUGGAUUAUUACAACGACGAAGAGGAGCUGGACAGUGUGGAUGAAGAUGAUGACCGGAGUUUCAGAGGGAGAGACUCGGAGGAAGAUACCGAAGAUGCCAGUGAAACCGACUUGGCGAAGCAUGAUGAGGAUGACUACGUGGAAAUUAAGGAGCAGAUGUAUCAAGACAAACUGGCAUCUCUAAAAAGGCAACUGCAACAACUUCAAGAAGGCACGCUGCAGGAGUAUCAGAAGAGAAUGAAGAAACUUGAUCAGCAGUAUAAGGAGAGACUCCGGAACGCAGAUCUGUUCCUGCAACUUGAGACAGAGCAAGUGGAAAGGAACUACAUCAAAGAGAAGAAAGCGGCGGUGAAGGAGUUUGAUGAUAAAAAGGUUGAGUUGAAGGAAAACCUAAUUGCUGAGCUGGAAGAGAAGAAGAAGAUGAUUGAGAACGAGAAAUUAACAAUGGAACUGACUGGAGAUUCCAUGGAGGUCAAGCCCAUUAUGACCCGUAAGCUGAGAAGGAGACCUAAUGAUCCCGUCCCCAUUCCAGACAAGCGAAGGAAACCUGCUCCGGCUCAGCUGAACUACUUGCUUACAGACGAGCAGAUAAUGGAGGACCUGAGGACACUAAACAAGUUGAAGUCACCAAAGAGACCAGCCUCCCCAUCUUCCCCAGAACACCUCCCUGCCGCUCCCAUGGAAAGCCCCUCUCAACGAUAUGAGGCUCGGAUAGAGGAGGGAAAACUCUACUACGACAAGAGAUGGUACCAUAAGAGCCAGGCCAUCUAUCUGGAGUCGAAAGAUAACACCAAGAUCAGCUGUGUCAUCAGUGCUGUAGGAACCAGCGAGAUUUGGGUGAGGAAGACGAGUGACAGUACAAAGAUGAGGAUUUAUUUAGGCCAGCUACAGCGAGGAGCUUUCAUCAUAAGACGCCGCUCAGCAGUGUAGAUGGUCAAAGACUUUCUUCCUCAUCCUCGUCCUCCUACGGCUCUUCUUUUCUCUUUUCAUUUCUCUUCUCCCUACCAGAAAGAAAAAGAACAGAACUCUGCAUCGUUUUUGGUUUUUUUUGAUACUCUUCUCCAGUGAUCUUCUGUUUUUCAGCCACUCUUUUAAAGGCCUUUGCAUGGCUAUAUUAACUUCGUCAAAGGUUCGUCCUUCAUUCACAAUCAUGCUUAAGGACACAGUCUAAUGCUGUUUGAAGAGUAUUCCAGAGUUUGCUUGGAACAGGGGGUGAGGAGUGUCGGGGUGAGAGAACACAUUUCAUUCUUAAUUUCUCUUGUACAGUUUUGUGUAUGACUUUUUUGUACAUUUAUCUGUCCGUCUGAUUAAACUGGGUCUGGGAAACAAGCCCAUACGGAAUGACAGAUACAAUCUCUGAAUGGUUUGUUCAUAUUUUAGUCAACUGUGGAGUGAAAAUCUCUGAUGGCUUAUAAGCUACGUUCACAUUGCAAGCCUCAUUGCUCAAAUCCGAUCCCUCUGACUCGAUGGUUCACGCUCGUGUAGGUAAGUGAUUCAAAUCCGUCAUUAAUGUGAACGAACCGGCGUCCUGAGAUGCCCCGCAUGCACGCAUCCUACUCAGUGACGUCACGUGAUCGAAUCGCAUGUCACGUUCAUCGUCAGCACAAACUAAUGAGCAGACCGAGCUUCGCUGAGAUCAUUAACUCUGAUCAGCUCUCAGUUUCAUUAUGAGAGCCAGACAAAGGUGCAAAAGGUGUGAUGAGCUGCUUUUCCACCGUUUACAGGCUUUAACUUCUCUUCGGAGCUGCUGCCAUGGUAACGCUGAAUGAUGGCGCACGUGCAGUGGAAAAACAGGAAUUCCGAUCUGAACGCUUACAUUAAGGCUGCAUGGCCACAAAUCGGAUCUGAUCUAGAACCACAAAUUGACAAGAUCAGAUUUGUGUGUCCACACAGCCCUGAAAACAUCAGAUCUGAGUCACAGUAGGGCGAAAGUCGGAUUUGUGAACGUAGCCAUAGUUUGGUAGCAUCUGGAAGAAGAGCCGUUUAAACGAUGUAAUCUUCAUGAAUGAAUGGGAAUUUUCUGUGAUGUAAAUAAAAAUGGCUAUACAGCUGUCAGAAUGUGCUUUUAAAUAUGAUGUGCAAACCUUACUUUGUAUUCAUAUUGUGUCAAAAUAAAUUGGGCUGCGAUUCAGGAA